UCGCAUGAAUAAGCUGGGAUGCUGACGAAGGAAUGAGGAAAACGGGUGAAAAAGACAGCACUGAGAGGGCGAUGAGAAAUAUCGUCCAGAGGUCUAGUCAAAAGGCCGUCCUCAGUUCUCAAUUCUCACUCAUUCGUUAGAGACCACGCGGUGGGUCAACACGUUGUUCGAGAGCCCUUCGUUACUCUAUUUUAUUACCUGAAUAGUUCCGGGGGCGCACGUGGUUUUCAGGCGUCUGACACUCUGGAGUUCCCUCUCCCUGUAAUUAUUCAACAUUGAGUAUUUUUUUAAUACACCUGGACAUAGGACCGGGAGACGCACAAGAGGAGCCCCUCGAAACAGAUAAGGCGUCUUGCAACAUCACGAUGGACGUUACUGAGGCAUGCUCAGAGGCAAUGUCACGGUUGGCGGUCGAGAAUGUGGUGGAGAAGAUGCCGAGGAGCAAGGGAGAAACCAGGGGGCAGAAAGGUUCGGGGUUGACCCAUGAGUGUGGGGUUUUUGGAUGCAUCGCCGCUGGGGAUUGGCCAUCCACAAUUGAUGUUGGACAAGUUGUUUGUCUCGGUCUUGUGGCUCUACAGCACAGGGGUCAGGAAAGUGCUGGAAUAGUCACGAGUGAGGGAGUCUGUGCUAAAUCAUUCCACGUGCACAAAGGAAUGGGCAUGAUCAAUAACAUAUUCAACGACCAAAGUAUGAAAAAAUUGAAGGGCAAUUUGGGAAUUGGUCACACGAGGUACAGCACCAGUGCAGCCAGUGAGGAAGUUAACUGUCAACCAUUUGUGGUUCACACUGCGCAUGGAGCACUGGCUGUGGCUCACAAUGGAGAACUUGUAAAUACAGAAUCUCUCCGAAAAAUGGUGCUUGGAAGAGGUGUUGGCCUGAGUACUCACUCAGACUCUGAAUUAAUAACACAAGCCCUGUGUCUGAACCCUCCCGAAGGUGAGGUGAAUGGCCCAGACUGGCCAGCACGUAUCAAGCACCUCAUGCAGCUCGCUCCCCUCUCAUAUUCCCUGGUGAUCAUGCAGAGGGAUAAAAUUUACGGGGUGAGAGAUCCCUACGGUAAUCGCCCCCUGUGCCUUGGAAAAAUCGUCCCCAUAGGCAAACUUGCUGGCAAUGAGUCUGAAGACGACGAUGACGCAGAGGGUUGGGUGAUAUCCUCAGAGUCUUGUGGAUUUUUGAGCAUUGGAGCUCGCUAUGUGAGAGAAGUUUUCCCAGGAGAAAUCGUUGAAUUAACCCGCGAGGGAAUCAAGACGAUAGACAUUGUGGAGAGGCCGGACAAGAGGCCGCAGGCAUUUUGUAUAUUCGAGUAUGUCUAUUUUGCAAGGAGCGACAGUAUUUUCGAAGGACAAAUGGUAUACUCAGUCCGCAUGCAGUGCGGGAGAAUGCUGGCAAUGGAAUCUCCAGUGGAAGCGGACAUCGUAAGUUCUGUACCUGAAUCUGGAACUGCUGCGGCUCAUGGCUACGCGAGACAGUCAAAAAUCCCCUUCGCCGAAGUGCUCUGCAAGAAUCGAUACGUAGGAAGAACAUUCAUCCAACCCAGCACGAGAUUACGACAGCUGGGGGUCGCCAAGAAGUUCGGAGCCCUCUCCGAGAACGUCAGAGGGAAAAAAUUGAUUCUCAUCGAUGACUCGAUUGUCAGGGGAAAUACUAUUGGACCAAUUAUCAAGUUGUUGCGAGACGCUGGUGCCAAAGAGGUGCACGUCAGGGUGGCCUCACCCCCUCUCAAGUAUCCUUGCUAUAUGGGGAUAAAUAUUCCCACACGAGAGGAAUUAAUUGCCAAUAGAUUGGACAGUGUAAAAUUAGCUAAACAUGUCGGUGCAGACUCACUGAUUUAUCUGUCUGUUGAUGGAUUGGUUCAGGCUGUCAGGCAUAAAAUGGAUAACAGGGAGAGCAGCUACGUUGGACACUGUACGGCGUGCCUCACAGGGGACUAUCCAGAUGAACUACCUGGUGACCUUGAGUGGUGAACGCCGGGGAAUGCAAUCCGGAAUUUAGAGUUUGGAUGGAUGGACAGCAUUGAUUGAACGUUCUGGCCAAGUUCUGGCCAACUAGGACACUUCAGUAUUCAAUCAGACUCGUUCAAUGUCACAUAAUGCACGAGCAGGGUCUUCAGUUUUGCCAUAUGAGUUGUAAAGAAAUUUGUUUCAUUUAUCAUUGUUCUUGUGGGCUCUGCCUUGGAGGCAAACAUUUCGUAUCGAUAUUUUUUUAUAACUAUUCUCGUUGUUGGUGAAGAGUAUCACUAUUUUUUCGAUGUUCAAUUUUUUUGAUUGUGUACAGAUGAUGGAUAAUGUAGACUUAUGAAUAAAUAUGAAUUCAUACACUCAG